CUUCAAUUAAGUUAAAAGUGUGAAGUUGUAACAAAAUUAAGUAAGCGGAAAAAUGCAAAAACUUUUGCCUCGUUUUCUACUACUCUUGGUGGUAAUAUGCAGCUUAUCUAAGAUGAGCAUGAGUUUGCCAACUGCGUCAGAAGAGUCAGACGAAGAGUCACCGGAAAUUGAUAACAUUGAAAGAAGCGUGCAUGAUUUGGAUGAGGGUAGACGUGAAGAAGAGGAUGACGAUCUCGAUGAUGAUGAUGAAGAUGUAAAUGAACGACAUAUUUCAAGGGAGGAGGAGGGUCAUGACGCACAUAGAGCAGAAUGUCGCGAAAUCGGAGAACGUUGCAGAUAUGCUGACGAAUGCUGCACUAAACGUUGCUUGACUUAUGCAGCCAAAUGUGUUUCUUAAGGGAGAAAUGUACAGAAGACAACUUUUGAAAAAUUGCGAAUAAAUAUAUUUUAAUUAAACUA